UUUUGCAGAGGAUUUAGCGGAAUCUACAAUGGAAACAGUGAAACCUUUAGAAGAACCAAUGGAAUGUUAUGUAGAACAACUUAUGAUUAGUGAAGUACAUAGUGAUAUAGUUUCUGGACCAGCUAAUUUACCAUUUGAAGGGAAAUUAUGCACGCCAGAACAUGUAAACAAUUCCACUGUUAAGCCUAUAAUCCAUACCGAUACUGAAGAAUUCUUGCACGGUGAAACGAGUCUAAUGAAAUAUUCAACAAACUCACUAACAUCUCCAGUAGAACAAGAGGUUUCUUGCUCAGAACAAGUGACAUCUACAAUAUUAAUCCCCUCCAUUCUCUUGGGAUCCUCAGUCCCACAGUCAGAGGACUCAGUCCAAAUCAUGGCUCCAGAAGAUCAUUCCGAGACCUACGGAAUACAAUCAGGUGAGCUCACCGAUGACCAUAAGUGUCCUCAAGUGUUUGUAGAACAGGAGGGGGAGGGAGAGCCAUGGGUACUGGUACAAAGGGAAGAGCUAGCUGAUUUCAAGGAGGAAGAGGCAGAAGAAAAACCACAGAGGCCAAUCAGCCUAAGCCAAGAGGGUGAAGAAGAUGAGGAGGACAGAAAGAAGGGAGAGGAGGAGGAGGGCGAAGCUGUUGCAUCAUGCUGCAGCACUCUAAGUGAUCCCCAGCUUGCAGGGCAGAGCAGCAGUGAGACUAGUACCCCUGAAGAACUGAGAACAUAUGAAGACAGUAGCUCUGGAGUGGAAUCCCACUCUGACGACGUAGCCACCUCUCCACCCACAACGCUUACACCUGACCCAGACUUGGGCAUCCACAUGGGGCAAGAGGAGGGAGGGGAGACUCCAGCUGGAACUCCUGCUUCCAAGGGCAAAGGGACACUCCAUCCUCUCCAGAAUGCAGAUGACGGGGGACUUUUGCAAGGGCCAGCACCCACUGGGGUCCCUGACCAUUCAGAGAGUGACGCAGGAGGAUAUAAAAGGGAGGUGACUGGUUUUAACUGCUCCCAGGCUUCGUCAGAAGCUAGAGGCCAGGAGCAGGAGGACAAAGCAGGGGAAGGAGACAUCCAGAGAGGUGACCAAUUAGCCCAACCUUCUGAUGGAUUAUACACUAUCUAUGAGUCAGAGCGUGGGCAUCAGGAGCGUGGCCCCAGAGGGACAGAACUGGGGCUGGUGGAGCAGAUUAUCAGCCGGACACUGCUGCUUGCAGCUUCAGAGGGAGGGGGCCGUGGCAAUGUGCGAGGAGUAGAACUGGGAAGGUGGGCAGAUCUGCUCUCUCCUCUGGAUGAAUCACGCGCCAGCAUCACAUCAGUCACCAGCUUCUCCCCUGAGGGCGAUGCCUCCCCGCAAGGGGAUUGGACAGUAGUUGAAGUGGAAACAUUCCACUGAGCCAGUGGAAGCUCCACCCAUGAGGAGCUCAUAGCAUUGUGAGAAUGAUGGACAUGGCAUUGUGUGUGUGUAUGUGUGGAAGUAGCUCAUCAUUGUGUGCAAAGCAGCGCGUGCUGGACAGUAACCUAUGUGAUUGUGAGCAGCUUUGCAAGGUCAGGAGAUCCUCAAGCUUACUUUAACUAAGCUUUGCUCUUUGUCAGCUCCUAGCACUGCAGUAUGCGGUACAUGUUGUGUAAUUUAUUAAUAAAAAUAUUUGCUCUUUUAAAAGAAAGAA